GCGCGCUUCUCUCCCACCGCAACAGUUCCGCGCGGACGCAAUGGCGUUCCGACGCGCACUGCCACCAGUCAAAUUCAAAGACGCGAACUAGUCAUUCCACAUUCAAAAUAUUUAUUUUUCUUUUUUAAGACUGACACGAACACUGAUAUUUAACACUUUAACACUAUAAUGACAGACGUGUGACUAUUAUGACGGGUGACAAGUGAGUGACAAAAUGACUGUGACUAUGACUUAAGGAUUGACUUGACUUUGACUGUUCGAGAGCCGGGACAUGCAGCGAAAAUGGCGGCGUGGAAAGUCGAACAGAGGAGGCACAGUUUCCAGCGGCCAGUGCUCUAAGGCAGUCGCCUCUGAUGCAGCACUGCCCCCUGCGCGGUGCUCCUAAAUGUCCACCAGCGUCCAAAAGAUACCGCACCCACGACGGCACUUGCAACAACCUUCACCGUCCACGAUGGGGCUCAACUAUGACCCCUGUUCAACGAUUUAUCCCUCCCUCAUACUCAGACGACCUACAGGCUCCACGGCGAUCAGUCACAGGCAUGAGGCUCCCUUCAGCGCGGGAGAUCAGCUCGCUAAUCCACCAGAGCGAGAAUGUUGAGAAUCUAGGGAUAACCCACUUGUUGAUGCAGUGGGGCCAGUUCUUGGACCACGAUGUUACAUCAUCUUCACAAUCAAGGGGGUUCAAUGGAUCGGUGCCGCGAUGUUGCAAAGAUGGCGGACGUGAUUUUAUCCCAAGAGAAUUUAUGCAUCCAGAAUGCUUUCCCAUCCCAGUACCACCAUCAGACCCGUUCUACGGACCUCGUGGUAUCAGAUGCCUGGACUUUAUAAGAUCUUCCCCGGCGCCUCGCGACGACUGCGCGCUCGGCUGGCGAGAGCAACUGAACCAAGUCUCUGCGUAUAUCGACGGUUCACCUUUGUAUGGAAGUUCCGCGAGGCAAUCCGACAAUCUAAGACUUUUUAGAAAUGGAAUGCUCCAAUACGGCCGGGUCCAGCAACGUCGUCCACUACUCCCGCCUGAGCGUAAAGACGAGCUGUGUCGCGGAGGGGCGGUCUCCACUGACUGCUUCAAGUCUGGAGACGCGAGGGUUAACGAACAUCCUGGACUUGUUGCCGCACAUAUAGUUUGGUUACGACAACACAACAGAAUGGCUCAAGAACUGGCUCAUUUAAACCCACACUGGAGCGAUGAAAAGAUUUAUCAAGAAACGCGAAAGAUCGUCGGAGCUAUGCUACAGCACAUCACCUAUAGAGAAUUUUUACCAAUCGUUUUAGGUUCCGAAGUCAUUCGUCUCUUCGACCUAGAUCUUCUAUCCAAAGGAUACUUUAAAGAAUACAAUCCAAAAAUCAACCCCAGUCCGGCUAGCUCAUUUGGCUCUGCAGCUUUUCGAUUCGGCCACAGCUUAGUUCAAUCAUCGAUGGUUCGAUUCGAUAGCUUCCACAGGCCAAUGACCAACAAUGUCUCCCUUCACGAUGAGCUUACAAAUCCAUCAAAUAUCUGGAGCAUAGGAGCAGUAGACAGACUUCUGUUAGGCAUGGUGAACCAACCGAUCCAACACCGCGAUGAAUUCAUCACAGACGAACUCACGAACCACUUAUUUCAAACUCCACAAAUAGAUUUUGGGAUGGAUUUGGCUGCAAUUAACAUUCAGAGAGGCAGAGAUCAUGGCGUACCGUCGUACACUACUUGGAGAGAGCCAUGUGGAUUGUCGGUUAUUGAAGAUUUUGAAGACCUUUUCAGAGUAAUGCCUGAGCGAGCAGCUAAGAAAUUGCAACUCAUAUAUAGACAUGUCGAUGACAUUGAUUUAUUCACGGGAGGGAUGGCAGAAAGACCAGUAGUCGGUGGAUUAGUGGGGCCAACAUUUGCGUGCAUCAUAGCACAACAAUUUUCCAAUUUACGUAAAGGCGAUCGGUUUUGGUAUGAAAAUGGCGGAUUUGACUCGUCGUUCACUCCUGCACAAUUACAGCAAAUUCGAAGGAUAUCUUUCGCUCAAGUUCUUUGCCGCACUUUAGACACAAUUGACACCAUUCAACCUUUUGUUUUCUUGUCACCCGCAAAUCCCGACAACAACAGAAUAUCUUGUCUGAACGGUUUACUUAACAAUUUUGACCUAUCUCCCUGGAUAGAAAUUGACUCUGACUCUAAUAAUAUUAGAACUGCUGACGAUGAGGAUUCACCUACUACAAGCACUGAAAAACCAAAACGUACUAAACCAACCACGACGACAAAAAGACCGAACACCACCAAAAAACCUCACAAGGGUAUUAAUAAAGAUGCUCAAAUUAUACGGGCACCUAGUAAAAUUAACACGACUAAGACUUCUGACAAGACUUCAAAACAAAAUACAACAAAUGACGCUGACGAUGACUUGACUAAUGACAACACGACUUUAUCUGAAAAACACGUGACAAAUACUAACAAGACUGUACUAAUUGAUGAUAAACUGGACUUUAAAAACAAAAGCCGACGUUACGAUGACCCUGACAUUAUCAACCCGCGACAAAAUAGACCGAAUAAAUAUGACGACUAUGAAUAUGACGACGAUGACACACAAAGCGUUCAAUCCGUAGUAAUAAACAAUGUACACCAUAAAAGACCCUACAACAGACCAGUUAUUACAGUUACUGAAAAUACUAACAAAUACACUUACUUGAUCAAUUAUGUCCCAAGACCGACAGAAUCAUGGAGACAAACAACAAGAAAAACCCACGACAGAGAUGUAGUUAAAGUGACUUAUCAGACUUAUGACGACACAUAUAGAAGACCUAACAAACCUUACUAUUAUAAAAAACGCGACAAUAAUGACAAUGAGAAUGACUACCAAAGUAGACCUACUACUGUCAAAGAUAUCCUCUAUUAUUCUGCGCGGUCUAAUGACGCAACUGACAAAACUACAACAAAUUCUAAAACUAUUGACAAGUCUGACAUUGCUUUUAGUUCUACAACAGACAGUAAUUUGUACAAAUUAGUGACAUUUGGAUACGUAGGAAGUUAUAAAGGACAAAAAAAUGACAAAACCAAUGAUAAAAAGACUACGAAAGAAGACACCCAACCUAAGAUCACCGACUUAAAUAUUGACUCAACUGACCUUACACUAGACAAAACUGACAUAAAUAAAAAACGACAUGAAUCAUUAAACAAAGACUUUACAACUGACGGUAUCAAAACAGACAAAUAUGAAGACGGUAAUAAUAUUAAACUAUCGACUUUCUAUCUAUACGAAACGGCUACUAAACCGUACCCUUUACACAGACCAACAAGACGUAACGAUGAUGAAAUUAUACCUAAUUACUCAAAAAACAACGUAAAAUAUUAUUAUGUUCGAAAUGUUUUACAUAAAUAUUCUGACAAUAAAACUGUAGAAACCGCAAAAUCCGACACUAACAUGAAAACGGACAUUAAAGUACCUGUACACAAACCAAAAGUUCCUAACAUAAAUAUAGAAGAAAGGUCCUCAGUAAACAAAUUAGCGGCUUUAGAUGAUGUUGAAUCCAAAUCGAAAAAUACUAAUAGGCAGCGCAUCAAAACGAAAAAACCUGUUAGUUCAGCAAAAACACCUUCUGUGGCAUUUCAAGUUAUACCCAGCGAAAAUAGUCCAACCCUUUGGGCGGUGUAUGAAGAAAAUGCAGAUCUACCAGAGAUAUUACCACACAAGAUGCCCAUGGUUAAAACCGAUCCACACGCAUUAGAAGAAAUACCUCGACCAAUAAAUUUGAAUGGUUUUAGAAGACGCCGACCAGGGAAAUCUUAAAUUGUAAAUCUUUCAAAAUUGGAUUCAAACUAACCUACAUUUACAAACUAACAGUAUUUUGUAUAUGCUCCAUUUUGUGAAUUGUUGGAAGCAAAAAUCUCAUUACAAUGACAAUAUAUUGAUAACUGACAAUUUUAUUUUUUACUGAUUUAUAAUGUUAUAUACAUCAAUUGAUAUUGAUCAUCAUAUUGAUCAUCAUAUUGAUCUAUCAAUAUGAUGAUCAAUAUCAAUUGACGUAUAUAACAUGUCUACAUGGUAUAUAACUAUGUCUACAUAGUACAACAAUAACAUGCCACUAACCAUGACAUGACAGUUAUUAGUAAUAUUAACCAUUUGAAAAAAAAUACAUAAUUUUCUGAGCUUAUCAGUUGCAAAUAAAAAAUUAUGUCAUAAUUUAAAUAAUCUUUAAUAACAUAAAUGAUCUCUGACACAACAAUUUGCAUAGUUAAAGUAAUGUACCAAAUUACAUAUGUGACUGAUUUAUAACAAAUCUCCACAAAAUUACAUUUUAGUGGGUUAAAGACAAUAACACUUAAUAAGUAUAAUAAUUAGUAAAGACAAAUUACAAGUUUUAUUUUUCUGACAUAAUGACUUGAUUUUUGAUAGACAUAACUUAUGACUGUUUUUUUAAGUAUAAUUAAUUUAAUAUUUUAAAUUACACAUAAUUUAUUUAUGUAUGGUUACAUAAGAAGUAUUUACUAAAAGCUUAAAUUUAGUUAACAAUAUCACUAUAAUAAAUGUUGGAUCAUAUUAUUAUGUAUUAAUUUAUGAUUUAAUCAAUAUUAAUAUUAUAUCCCUCAUAAUGAAACAAACCACCGAAAAUUAAAAUAUUGCACAUUUCCUGUCAAAAUUAUAGUUUUAAGUACAUAAUAAAAUAAUAAAUAUGAGUACUUACAUAAAAAUCAAGAUUUAUUUUUAAAACCCAAUAGGUAUUUACAAUAUAUAUUGAUUAUAAGUAUUGUUUAUACUUUGUACUAGUUUUCUGUAAUAAUGUUUCAGAUGAUAAUAAAUAUCUUUAAAUUUUAAA